AAGCGAGAGCGCGCCCUCGGCGCGUUCCAGUUUGUGUGUGCGGGACAGGGAGGCUGCUCAUAGUGUGGAAUAAAGCGGCCGUUUUCAAGUGAAAUAUACAUAUAUGGAGAUGGGAGCGGAUGAAGAGCGGGGAUGUUGAGAGAGGAGAGCGACCCACUCGCGUAAUACACACUGUGAGUCGGCGGAGUGGCUAACUGCUGGCUUCUCCUGUGUGUGAGACGGCGGACACCUGGGGCAACGUGUGUGCGGGGAGCAGAGCAGUGGCAUUGGAGGCCUGCCCCUAUGCUCAUCAACCUGAGCCUGUCUGCCAAGGAGAUUCAGGCCUGCCAUGGGGCAUCGCCUAUCGGCCCCUGUGGCACGGCCGUGGAAGUGACUGCCAUGGAAUCCCUCUCUGCACCCCUGCCGCCCCCCCCUCCUCCGCCGCCGCCCCCCCCUCCUCCGCCACCGUCCGUCCCAGCGACAUGCUCGGAUCUGGUGUGUCGUUCCAAACUGCGUAACCUUAACUGGGAGCGCAUCCCGAAGGAGCGCGUCGAGGGCCGGAGGAGCGUGUGGAGUGGGCCCUUGGCCACCGAGGAUGACUUUCCUAUCGACCUGCGCUCGCUGGAUGAGCUCUUUGGCCGAAAGGAUACGACUCCGAAGCAGAAGACUAGUAGUGUCCGCCGCAGUUUGCGGUACAUCGGGUUGCACCAGGACACCAGCGCUGAUCAGGUUUCCCUUCUGGAUGCCAAGCGCAGCAUGAAUGUGGGAAUAUUUCUACGUCAAUUCAAGAGUGCAGCCAGGGAAAUUGUGGAAGACAUCAAGCAUGGUGCUGGAGAAAACUACGGCGCUGAGAAACUGAGCGAGCUUUGCAAGCUCCUGCCGGAUAGAGAGGAGGAGAAGCGACUGAGAUCGUUCCAGGGGGAACGUAGCUGUCUUGAGGAGCCGGACCUCUUCAUGCUUCUCCUGGUACAGCUUCCCAGUUUUCGCCUGCGUCUGGAUGCCAUGAUCCUCAAGGAGGAGUUUGACCCCGCUGUGACCUCUCUGCACACGGCAACCCGCUGCCUAAGGGAGGCAGCUAUUGAGCUGCGGAGCUGUUCUGAGCUCCACUCCAUCCUGCGCCUGGUGCUGAGAGCCGGGAACUACAUGAACGCGGGCAGCUAUGCUGGGAACGCUGCUGGUUUUCGCAUCGCCUCGCUGCUCAAAUUGGCUGACACCAAAGCCAACAAGCCGGGCAUGAAUCUGCUUCACUUUGUGGCCAUGGAAGUGGUCAAGAAAGACCAGAGCUUGUUGACCUUUCCUUGCAAAUUGGCACAUAUAGCUGAAGCUUCCAGGUUUUCUGAAGAAGUGGUGCAGGAAGAUCUCUCUAGGCUACAUAGCCAACUUGUUGCUUUGCAGGCUAACAUUCAGGCUGAACCAGAUAUCCAGCAGCAGACACAGAACUUCACAGAGGCUGCAGAGGAGAAACUGAGGGAGAUGGAUUUGGAGGUAGAGGCCCUGCGGAGUGACAGUCAGGCCUUGGUUGACUUCUUCUGUGAGGAUGAGAGCUCCUUCAAGCUGGAAGAGGCCUGCAGGGUCUUCCACAACUUCUGUCUUCGCUUCCAGAAAGCUGUGCAGGAGAAUGCCGAGCGGAAGCUGAAAGAGCAGAGGCGUGCAGAGAGGGAGCGAGAGAUCGCGGAGAAGCGGCGCUCAAUCGCCACCUGUACGGGCCUGGAGCUCGGGCAAGGGAGUGACGAGCUCGAGCACACCUUGGAGAGGACACUCAGCUCUGCCCUGCAGCGCAGAGUCUCUCAGAGAUACUCCCAGCACAGCAACAUAGAUGCCUCGCUGAAGAGACUAAGCACUGAUGUAAAGGAUGGGAAACAGCAGCUUAGCGCUGAUGGUAAACACAAGCAGCAGGAGCUGAACACCACUCCUGUGGAAAGUCACCAUGAUGCCGCAGACAGCACACAAACAGAACGUGGACUAAAAACUGAACCUAUUAACUUAGAAAGUGAAUGGAGUACUCCAGGUAUUCAGUGUGGCCUAAAUACUGAAAUGGACAGUGAACGUGGGCCCAGCUCUGAAACUAUACACACGCAAUGUAGUCAAAGCACUGAUGAUGUAGAUGGCCGUCCUAAGGCGAGCACUGAUAUUACGCACAGCCAACAAAGGCAAACUGUUGAGGGCGUGCAUAGCCAACACGGAUCUAUCGACGUGGUGCUCCAUGCUGAGAAAACUUGCGCCAAUGUCGAAGGAGGACAGGAGCACAGCCCUGAUGCACAAAGCUGUCUGCUAGCUACUGAUCUCUCAGAUGGCUUGCUCACGCAACCUGCUGAUACACCUGCUCCCCCAGGGAGUGCUCAGCUGUUGAGGCUUGUGUCAGAGAGGAUGCUGGUUCGGCCGGCAGGUCCGGUAUCGCCCCAGCGGACGAGUCCUGUACCCCCAGCUGCUGGGAAAAUUAAUGGGCAGCCAAACUCAAGUGAACCACAGGAGCUUCCCCGUGUCAUCCAGGGUGCUUCCCUGCCAGCCACGGGUAAGGAGCGAAUGUACUCGCGUGUUGGUGAGACUCUAGAGUGCCUCACCCUGGUGCGUGGUCUGCGCUCCUAUGAGAGCCUGACUGUGCCAGUGCAGCGAGCGCCGCCUAGCCACUGUUCCAAGUGGCGGAAGGAGAGAGAAGCAGGUGAGAAAGAUGGAACAGGUCCUCUUCAGGGAAAGGAUGACUCCCGGGCUGGGAAGGACUCUGCUCGAGGGUCUCGAAAGGGCCCAGCGCCUAGGACAGGAACACCUACCAGCGCUGGUGCCCCCAGAGUUCGUACCAAGCCAGAUCCACCCUCUCCUGAAGAGACCUCAGCACGUGCCUCUCGGCUGCCUGUCACCCGGAGCACCUCAGCACGCCCUACGACAAACCUGCGGCCCACCAGCACUCAGCCACAAAUCAAAAGAGCUAACAGCAUGGGUGACAAGGGCCAUGCCGUGGCUGAGCAGGCUGCAAAGGCGUCCCGCCACCUGUCAGAAGACACCAAACAGGAGAAAGAGAAGGCAUCUGUAACUCCAUUCCUCAGGGGUUCCCCGAUGCGCCUGUCUAGGCGCGUGGCUCCCAAUGCCGAGUCUUCCACCCGUACUCCGCUGAGCCCCUCCUCAACCACCGCCAAAACCAUCCGCGCAUCAGUCAUCGCUGCCGCUGCAGUCAAAGCAGCUAAGGCUUCGGAGUCUGGAAACCCCAGGACACAGGGAUCACGACUUUCUGGGCCCAAGGUGGCCCGUCCGUCUGCCCAGCCCAUGUGGAGGUGAGGGCAGAGACGACUAACUUUAACCUUCACGUGGGAGUUGCACAGUUUAGGCACAAAUUCUAAUUUAUGUUAAGUGUACUUUUUGUUUGUGUUCACAAAAGUGGAUGUAUGUACUUGUCGGGGGAUGGAGGGGGAGUCUAAGCAAUAUCAAUGGAAUGUGCAUUCCUUUGAGGCCUUGGGUCUCCAGUGCUGCUGGUACCUUAGUACCCUGGUUUCCCAUCCCAGUCAGUGGGAGCCAGAAUCUGGUCCUGAGUGGAAGGAACUACUGGCAGGAUCUACAGAGCAAGCAGAGUAACGGGACCGAGUCCAAACUUUCUUUUCAUUCAUGAGCUUUUGUGAGCCAUGUUACCUCACGUCCUCAAGCCAAGCUUAUUUGGCUCAACCAAGCUGUCUUAACUGUCUAUGUACAAGACGAACAUCUGUGUGAAGAGAAGGGCCAGAAAGUAUUGUUUACAAGCUCUCCACUGCCAGAUGUCAUUCACUACCUCUAGUCGCUAGAGGAGGGGGAUGUUGGGAGCACCUGUGUAAGAUGGGCACCUUAGGUGUGGGGAGGGGAGAAUCCUGAACAGUCCUUUGCAAGUACCAGUAAAACAGAGCAUCGGUUGCACGUGCAAUCCAGUCAUUUUGCAAUAAGUGCCUCAUGGAAGUCUAGAGAACCACAAUCCGAAAGCUGAGGGAACGCCAUCGUAGAUUUUUCCGUAGAAUGGAGCCAGUUGCUUUUGCCAUAUUUGUUAGACAGCAUGUGGUAAAGUUGCCUGGAGCAGAUUUGCUUUUAACGGGUCUUUUAGGGUCAUACUGCACUGUGAAGUCCCGCCCACUCUGCGUGUUUGAGGCCACAUGCUGAAUAAAGUUCCCUCGGCUUCCGCCUUCUCGCUCCGAUUGCUGUCGAAUCCUUCAGCGCGCCUUGUUUAUGCUAGAAGUCCAAAGCGUCGCCAUUCCAUUUAAAGCUCCUUUGUUGUAUGUGGUCACGACACACAGGAUGAGGUUUCCCCAGGCAUUUUUAUAUUUGUGGUGUGUGACAAACCCUCAAGCUCACGGAACACUUUCCUCCAUGCCUGAACCACCUAGAACAGCGAACGUUGCGUUUGUGCAACUUGGAUUCUACCAAAUUGGACAGUAUUUUACAAUGUCAAAUGGAACAGUUUUGGGUUCAUCAGAGUAGUAUUCCCUCGGUGUGACACCUUGGUCGGGCCCUAUGCCAUCCUGACGAACCCCAUCCUACCUCCGUAAUUAAGCUGCAAUAGCCGUGAUCUUUCUUAGUGAAUAUGUAGACAAUGAGUCGUGUCCUACUUAAAUAUAUGGUACAACACUAUUAAUCGAGGAGAAACGGCUGUCUGCUGCUCUAUUUGAUAGUGUUUCAGGGCUCAAGUGAUGUGACAAAUGUCUAUUUAUAUGAUUCUUCCCCUACGAUUCUGGCCCAGCUCAGCGCUCUGCUGAACAGACACCCAUUUGCCCCUCUCAGUAAAACCUUGUUCUUCUGCACUUUACCGGCUGACGAGGGAUCGAUAAUGGGUACUAGUAUUUCUUGAUAAUAUGCAUUUUUAGGCAAUGCAAAAAAGAAGAAAAAUUUAAAUUACGAUUGUUUAUGUAAUUGUUUUGUAUGAUUCAGCUGUGUAAAUAAGAAAAUAAA